AUGUCGCUAUCAUCUGUGGAACAAAAAAUGCAGACAGUCUUAGUACGGCAAAAAAUGAGUACUUUGGAUGAAGAAGGCAGACUGAGACAGUUUGAUGUACGUGAAGAUCCAGAACAAAAGGCGAAAUGUGAUCAGACGAUGGAAUUAUUAUUAGCCGCUGGCUAUUUUCGCGUACGAAUCAAAGGGUUGUCUGAAUUCGAUAAAGUGGUCGGUGGACUAGCCUGGAGCAUUCAAGCUUGCAACUUUACUGUUGAUAUUGAUGUACUUUAUCAAGAGAAUGCUAUUCUUGGUCAAAAAAUAGCAUUAACAGAACGUAUUGUUGUUGUUUUAUCUCGUAUGAAAUGUCCGUAUCCAAUAGAACCACAUCAAAUUCAAGGUGGCGAUUUUAUACAUAUAUUCCCUGUUGUUCAAUGGCUUGUUAAACGAGUUUUUGAACGACGUGCUGAUAUAGGUGAUUUCAAUCGAGCCUAUACAUUAAGUCAAUAUGAUAAACAUUUUGGUGAGACAAAAAAUGCAGUACAACAACAAACGACAAUAUCACUAAAACAAAACGUUGAAGCCAUUCGAAUUCGCCAUCGACCACAACGCCGGUAUCGAUGUUUGGAUAGUAAAAAGAAGCGAUUAAAUACGUCUGAUGAACGUCGCAGACGAAUACAUUCCACACUUGUAGAAUUUGGUCAAGUACAUCAAUUACUCGCAUCAUUAGAUGAUGAUGAAAAGCCUCAACAGGAUGUUAAUGCACUUAUUAAAAAUAUGGUUCAAGAAAAAUCUAAAAUUCCGACACAAGUUGUACAUUUAUUAGUUAAUCAACAGCAAGAUACUCUACGUGAAAUUAUUGAAGAUUUCGAAGAAAAAGAAAAAGCUCGUCUUAAAGAAACUCUUCUAUCUGAAAGUGGUCAACAACAACUGGCUUUACGUACAUUUAAAAUUCAAAUAAGUAAACAAACUGAAAAAAUUAAUACAUUACAAAAUCUUAUUGAACAAACUAAAAUACAAAAAGAGGAAAAAAGAAAUUCAGCAUUAGAAAUUAAACAACAAUAUCAACAAUUGAAUACAGAACUUGAAGAAAUCGAAAUGCAAACAAAAAAUAUCGAUUCUGAAUCACUGAAACUUGUUGAAGCGCUUGUAGCUGAAUAUGAAACAAUAAAAAAACAAGAACAAGAACGACGUGUAACGUAUAAAAGGCAGAAGAGUGAACUUGAACAAGAAAUUGCUCAAUUAGAAACUCGUUCACAAUCGGCAUCUGAUAUAGAUCCAGAAGAACAAGAAAAAAUGAAAAAAAUUGAAGAACAAUAUCAAUUAGUUUCUGAUCGAUUACAAAAUCAAAGAAUUGCUCUAGCAAAGAAAAUACGCGAAAUCUCAUCAAUAAGUCGACAUAUAGAUGAUAUUCCAACUCCUAUUGAACUAGCUCAAUAUCGUCAAGCAUUUUUUCAAUUAUACAAUCAAAGUGCUGUUUUAUAUCGACAAACAAAACAGAACUAUUCCUUAUAUAAUACAUUCACUGAUAUGAUUGAUUAUAUGAAAAAAGAAAUCACAUUACUUGACUCAAUCUAUGAAAAUUAUCCACAAGCUUUUCAAUCACAAAUUGGUAAAGAAAAUUUUCUUAAACAAUUAGAAAACAUUGUUGAAAGUGUCAAACAAAAUCGAAUUAAAAUUGAACAACGUCAACAAGCAGAACAGUCAAAGCGUGAUGGAUUAAAUAUUCAAUUAGCACAAUUAGUUGAUAAAGCCAGGCAUUAUGCUAAAGUUCUUAAAGAUUUUCAAGAAGCAAUUCGCGAAAAUGAAUCUCUUACUUCAAAGUUGAACUAG